AUCGUAUAUCUUUGAAAGCUACUGGAUAAACAAAUUCGGAUGUUGUAGUACAAUCUAAGAAACAUUACCCGCGGAAAUUUGUUACAGUGACAAUAUCAUUUAGACAUUUAAUCACUUUGAAGUUUGAACAAGAUAAACCAUGAAUUUAUUUAAUUGAUUAUCCAUUUCAAAUAUCUGCUCCAGUUCUCUAUAUACGUAUGCAAGUUGCGUUUGGUCCCCGGUUCAAUGUGGGAUUGGGUUGAAACUUGAAACUCGAAAGUUUUUGAUAAUGGAGAGCAGUGAACCUAAGAAGGACGUGAAAUUGCCUCUGCUGGACGGCUGGAAGCUCGGAGGACGCGGGCGGCGCAGCCGGCGGUUUUCCAGGCGGAACUCUGUUACCUCGCUCCGAAGCGAUUUCCUGGCUCGUCUACCGGAUAAUGUCCGUUCCUGCGUUGACCCUGAGUCUUCUUCUCCGCCUGACCUCUCCAAAUCUUCUUCCUUGACGAAAGGAGAAAAAGAAUAUUAUGAAAAACAAUUUGCCACUUUACAAUCAUUUGAAAGUGUUGAUAUCGUGACUUCAUCUAACUCGACUGAUGAAGAUCUUGAGGAAUCAGCCCAACAUGAGAGAGCAAUGAAGAUUUCCAAUUACGUGAAUGUAUUAUUACUGGCUCUUAAGAGUUAUGCUACAGUUAAAAGUGGGUCUUUAGCUAUUGCUGCAUCAACAUUGGAUUCUUUACUUGAUGUCAUGGCUGGCGGCAUAUUAUGGCUCACUCACUUGUCAAUGAAAAACAUAAAUAUCUACCAAUAUCCCAUUGGGAAACUGAGAAUGCAGCCAGUUGGCAUUAUUAUCUUUGCUGCAGUCAUGGCUACAUUGGGCUUUCAGGUAUUGGUUCAGGCUGUCGAACAACUUCUUGAAAAUAAAGCAUCUGAAAGUUUGACCUCAGAUCAGCUAACAUGGCUGUAUAGCAUCAUGAUAACUGCCACUGUUGUAAAACUUGGUCUUUGGAUCUACUGUAAGAAUUCAGGAAAUGAGAUUGUUCGAGCUUAUGCAAAGGAUCACUAUUUUGACGUUGUUACAAAUGUAGUUGGAUUGAUAGCGGCUGUGCUUGGAGAUAACUUUUACUGGUGGAUUGACCCUACCGGGGCCAUUGUACUUGCAAUUUACACAAUUGUAAAUUGGUCAGCAACCGUCCUAGAGAAUGCAGCAUCACUCAUAGGACGAUCAGCCCCUCCAGAAGUAUUGCAGAAGUUAACGUAUCUAGUAGUCGGGCACCCUCAAGUGAAACGUGUUGACACUGUCCGAGCAUAUACUUUUGGUGUCUUGUACUUUGUCGAGGUUGAUAUUGAACUACCAGAAGAUUUGCCUUUGAAACAAGCUCACACCAUAGGAGAGAAUCUACAAAUAAAGAUUGAGAAACUCCCUGAAGUAGAACGAGCAUUUGUUCAUCUUGAUUAUGAGUGUGACCACAAACCUGAGCAUUCUGUACUCAGCCGGCUGCCCAACAGUGAACCCUAAUAUCGCAAUAAUCUCGGUGUGUGCCUCACACGUUUUGCCUCAACACAUGUUGUAGAUUAUAUACUCCAUAUAAGUUUAUAAAGAAGUGCUGCAUUUCUGGUUGCGAUGUUUGAACUUUGAACAAGCUGUUUUUCAAGGUUUUUGCAAAUUUUUUAUGUGAAAGGUUGGUCACUUACAAACCUAUGUGACCUUCAUGCCCCAUUAAGAUGCAAAUCCCGGUAUAGUGUAUAUAAAAAAUAAAAUAAAAACCGUGGACGCUCUUUCACCGGCCAUCCGUUGCUCUUGUUCACCAAUUUGUUCGCCCAUCUCCUUCCUCAAUUUUCCUAAUUAUUUUUCUUCUUUUCUUCUUCAAUUUUCCUCUUCCAACUCCUCAAAGUGGGAUUGUAUUCUUCUUUAUCAUAAAAAAUUUAAAAACAGUAUUUGUAUUUGGAAGUUUGUACUUUGUACUAUUCUUCA